ACUGCUGUAUUUCUGUGAUGCGCCUGUAGCGGCGGCUCUCGUCUGUUCCGGUGAUGAAGGCUGACAGAGGACGCGUGUUCCGCACGACACAGAGCGCGAGCAUCGAGGACGGCGGCGUUUGUGUCGUGUUUUUGACGCGAUGUGAGCUGCAUCAGGAUUUCCGCUGGAGCUCGACGCGUCUCUGGAUUAUCAGUCAUUUCUCCGAUGCUUUCGUGGACUGUCAUCUGUGAAAACACCCACACUGUCUCAUCUAUGGUCAGCUGCGUGUGUCAAAGGGUUUCAGGAUCCAGUGAGUAAAUGAAGGAGGUGUGUCGCAUCUGCGCGCGCGAGCUGUGCGGAAACCAGCGGCGAUGGCUCUUUCAUCCGGCCGCCAAACUCGACCUGCAGGCGCUGCUGUCUCACGCGCUGCGCCGCGGUCUGCAGCGGGACGGACGCGGCGAGUUCAUCUGCAGCAAGUGCUGCUUCAUGCUGGACCGCAUGUUCCGCUUCGACACGGUGAUCGCGCGCGUGGAGGCGCUGUCCCUCGAGCGGCUGCGCAGACUCCUGCAGGAGAAAGAGCGUCUGCGCCAGUGCAUCAGUGCGCUUUAUAACAAAAACAACGGGCAGGAGACAUGGAGUGCGACGGAGGCCUCGUGUGCGGUGGACGUGUCCGAGUACUUCACCCUGCUGCAGGAGGACCUGAUGUACUGCAUGUACGAGUCCUGGGCGGAAGACGAGGAGCAGGUGUUGGAGUGUUGCCACGCGUCGGAGGUUUCCUCGUGUUGGCAUCGCUCGCGCAGGUGCAGGGUCUGCAGGGCGUUGCGUGUGCCCGACUCUGACUACGAGGCCGUGUGUAAGGUGCCCAGGAAGCUGGCGAGGAGCCUCUCCUGCAGCCCGUCCACGCGUUACUCGGCCAGCGGCGUCGGAAGCGUGUGCGAGGAGGAGCAGACUUCAAACACACUGGUGCCCGAGACGCAGCGCACGGCAUCACGCUCGUCAGACGGUGAGCGCACGCUCCGAGACCGCAGGAGCUCCGGCGGAUCACUGGAGUCACUGGAUAAAAGCCGCGGUGCUUCACCCGUCAAAGUUCCCCAGCGUGACGACCGAAGCUGCGACGCUGCAUCUGAUGCUCCUCCAGCGAGACUCGCUCUGGAUCUGUCGCUGCUUCAGGACUGUGUGUACAGACCCGUCCAGAGUCCACGGGGAAGCAAACUGCCUGUUCUGAUGAAUCCUGGGUGUUUUAAUGGAGGAGCUCAACUGGACAGUCCAGACCAGGAGAACCUGUUUGACGGAGCAAACCACAUGCUGGUGGAGCCAGAGCCGCCCAGAGUCCAGCUGGACCCGGAUCCGGAGCUGGCCUGUCUGGAGGAGCUGUGUCAGCAGGUGCAGGAUGAGUACCUGCCCUUCCGCCUCCGGAGGGACCCACAGAGUCUGAUAGAAGAGCAGCAUUCGCAUCAGUACGAACGUGCCGCUGGACAGUGUGUGAAUGAACUGCAGCAAGCGCAGCUACAGCUCGAGUCUCUGCAGAACCAGAUCCACCAGAGCGAGACCAGCAACAAGGUGCUGCAGGAGAAACUGUGUGAGAUGGAGUCAGAGCUCCGGUCCAUCAGACAAGCUGCUCAGAACCAAGAGAGAACCAUCCAGAACCUCACAGACAACCUGAGAACUAAAGACACAGAGACUCAGGAGCUGUACCGUGUGAUUGAGGGCCAGAACAACACGCUGGCCACAAUCACAGAGACCCACCAGCAGCAGCUGCAACACACACAGACUCCAGAGGGCGCUGUGGACUCGGGUUCGGUUCUGGGCUCACAGAGUUCUCUGUUCUGGUGUCAGCUGGAGUUGGAGGCGAGUCAGCGCGCUCACAGACUGACUCAGAGACAUCUGGAGGAUGAGACGCGCUCGCGAGACCGACUGCAGAACGAGCUGCAGGACGCGCUGCAGCACAGAGACGUUUCCCACAAACACAACCAGGAGCUGCGUGAGAUGGUUGAGCAGCUGCGGUCUGAGCUGCAGGUCAAACUGUGUGAGCGGAGAGAUUGUGAAGCCUCGACUCGCUCAGAAAUCACUGACCGGGACAAAACCAUCGCACAGCUACAGCAGAGCUUAUGCCGCAGAGACGCGCUGCUGCAGGAGUAUUCAGAGCUGCUGAAUGAUUCGCCCGACUGCAGCGGCCGCGUGGAGAGAGACGCACUGCUGCACACACUGAGGACUCGCAUCAGAGACAGAGACGCUGCGCUGGAGCGCUCAAUCGAUGAGAAGUUCCACUGUCUGGAGGAGAAGGACGGUGAAGUGUGUCAACUGCAGCUGGUGCUCCGCGAGAAAGACCGAGACCUGGAGAGACUGCGCUGCGUCCUCAACAACAACAACGACACCAUCACGGGUUUAGAUGCUCUGGUGCGCAGUAAGGAUCUGGAUCUGGAGAGAACACAGGAAAGCUGCCGGAAACUGGAGUGGAUGAAACAGCAGAGCGAUGAGAGACACACACUCGCUGUACAGGAGAGAGACGGCAUCAUUCAUCAGCUGCAGACGGCGCUGGGCUCACACAGCAGAGAGAGCGAGGAGCUCAGGUCAGUGUUGUUGGGAAAAGUGUCUGCCGCUGACGAGCUCCAGCAGCUGCAGUCUCACCUGUCGAUGAAAGAGCGUCUGUUUCAGGAAGUGAUGUCAGACCGCAGCCGGCAGGCGCAGGAACACCUCAGACAGAUCACAGAGCUGCUCCACACCAUCAGCACCAGAGAUCAGGACAUGAAGGAUUAUGGCGAGAGGUUGGGCCGGGUGAUUUCGGAGCGAGCGGGUCAGCUGCAGGAGCUGCGGAGGCAGCUGUCGUCACGGGAACAGGAGCUGAAUGACAGGAACAGUGAGCGAGAGAGAGAUGCUUCUGCGUCCAGAGAGCUGCAGAGACUUCAGGACGUUCUCAAGGAGAAAGACGCCUUCAUGCAGGAGUUACUGCGGGGGCCGAGCGAAAUGUUGAGCUUCACACCAGCAGCAGCUCAGGCUGCGUGCACGAGCAGCUCGGGUGAUCUGGAUGUACAAGCCAUCAGAGAUGAGCUACAGCUGACCCUCAAGAAACACGGAGAGACUGAGUGUGUCCUGCAGCAGCUCGUGUCGGAGCAGCAGGCGCUGAAUGAAGCUCUGAGAGCAGAGAAGAAGGUUUAUCAGAAGCUCAGACGCAUCCAGUCUCAGGAGAGAAGUGCUGAGAAGACUAGCGCGCUGCACACAGAACUGGACUCGCUUCAGGUGCUGCGCCAACAGCUGGAAGAAACCCUGAGGAGGAGCUGUGAGACGGCGCUGGUGGACCGGGUCGACUGUGGAGAAUCCAGCAGUGAUGAAGAUGAAGACGAUCGUGACAGCAGUGAAGAGUUCACGGACAGCAUAGAGGACAACGACCUCAAACUGACAGCUCAGAGUUUGACCAGCGCACAGAGAGCCGAGGAGUUCAGCAGCCCGGGGAACGGGGCGCUGAUGUCCCAGCAUGCAUCAGAGCAGAGAAACGAAGGCGGGACGGGCCGCUCCUCACUCUCUCGCAGCAGGAACGAGCCUGCAUUAGCAGCAGAUGAGGAGGAAUCUGCGAGGUUGGAGAAGCGUGAAACAGACCGGCCAAACUCCCAUGAGCCUCAGAGAGUUUACCGUAUGUUCAGAGAGGACGAGGAGGAAGAAUAUGAUGAUGAAGAGGAAGGGGAAGAUGCCCGGGCCCGUCACGGCAAGCGCGGGCCCCCGAGUGUGGAGCUGCGGGAGGGGAGGUGGAAGAGGAGGUGCACCAGACCACAUUCUCUGGACCUCGGAGCUCUGCUGUCACACAAACCUGCAGCCCAUCUCAAAGUUCAGGAUGUAGAAAUGGAGCAAGAGGUUGAUGGCGACAGCGGCUGUUCGAGAGCAGGAAGAGGCGGAGCCAUUGGGUUCUGGCAGCAUGUGGAGGCGGGGCUUCGGGAGCAGGCGGAGCGUCUCCGUAGUGACCUUGCCGUGAGUCGUCAGGAGAGCCGUGAUCUGCAGGAGAGACUGAUGGUGUCAGAGGCGACAGUGCAAGCGCAGGCCGAACAACUGAAAGACUACAGAGAGCUGCUGACCGACAGCGCCGUCCAGCAGGACAGUAAACAGGUGCAGGUGGAUCUUCAGGAUCUUGGAUAUGAGACGAGCGGCCGCAGUGAGAAUGAAGCUGAGAGAGACGAUGCCAGCAGCCCCGAGUUUGGUGAGUUGGAGACGUGCAUCUCUCUCUUGGAUUCGGGGAGCAGAUGCAGCGGUUGGCAUGGCAACAGCGAUGGUACGCAGACAGACGACCCGUCCUCGCUGAAGCGUUUGGUGCAGGACCUGCGCUCACAGCUCUCUCACUGCCACAAAGUGAUCCGCGGCCUGCAGCUGCGAGUCCGUUCGCUCACUGCAACCUCCGACUACGCCUCCAGCCUGGAGCGCACGCCACGCAAGGUGAACUGGGCGCUUCAGGUGAGUGCGGAUCACAGCGGUCCGGACGAGGACGAGGGCUGGCAGUCCGACGGGCCGCUGAGACGCAGCCGCGAGCUGCAGGAGCUGGUGACCCGCGUGGCGCUGCUGGAGACCCAGAUCAAGAGCUCCAAGCUGGAGGGGAAGAGCGGCGCGGAGGGCGGGAAAUGUGCCACCUGGCCAAGGAAGUACAACACACUGAUCCAGGCACAGGCACGAGAGCUGUCACACCUGCGGCAGAAGAUGCGAGAGGGGCGGGGCAUCUGCCACAUCCUCACGCAGCACCUGAGUGACACGACCAAAGCCUUCGAGGAGCUGCUGCGCGCCAACGACAUCGAUUACUACAUGGGCCAAAGCUUCCGAGAGCAGCUUUCCCAGAGUUCCUCACUCGCUCAGAGAGUCAGCACCAAGAUCAGUGGACGUGAUCGUUCAGAGCAGCAAGAUGCUAAAACGGGUCACGAGCUGCUAGCGCUGAGGUUGAGUAAGGAGCUCCAACACAAAGAUCAAAUCAUCGAGUCUCUGCACACCCAGUUACAGCAGCGUCCCGACACGCCCUGCAGCAGCCACGCCCCCUCUGAGACAACAGACCAAUCAGAUUGCGCCUCGUUUGUGUCCGACGAAAGAGGCUCCAACAAUGAGGACGUGGACCUGUGCUCAGACAUGGACGCAGCCAGUGAGUUUGCACAGGAGGAGCCCGAACCCAAAGACAGAGCUUUCAGCACGCCUCAUUCGCUCUCCAGCUAUCAGCUGACCGCGCACACGCCCCGUCCCAUCGAUUACACGCCUGUAUCCCAUCAUACACGGGGAAACAGUGGAGGCCUAUCUGUGCAGACAGAUGCAUUGUGGGACAUGGAGAAUAUGAUUCAGCCAAUCGGAGGUUUUGAUGGAUCAUCUCAUUAUCAGUCUGGCAACAGCCAAUCAGGUGUAGACGUGAUCGAGGAGCAUCUGAGAGAGAUCCGAUCUCUGCGUCAGCGGCUGGAAGAUUCUGUCAGAACCAACGAAAGAUUGAGACAGCAGUUAGAGGGAUGUCUGGCCACAGCAGCGAGAGACACAGUGGCUCCAACCAACAUCUUUAUCCACAGUCAUGAUGCAGUCAGUCAACUGACCAAUGAAGUCAGAACGUUAAAGGAGGAAAAUCUGGCACUACAGUCAAGGUUACAAGCCAGCAGAGACAGCAGUGAAGAGAAGGAGCAGCUCCGGGAGGCGUUGCUUUCUGGGCGUGUCCGUCUGCAGCAGGCGGAGUUAGAGGCGGAGCAAUGGAAGGAGGAGUUGAGGAGGCUGCAGACACACAACUGUGAACAAAGCCAACAAAUCCAGCAGCUGCGACAGGACAGACAAAACAGUCAGGAGCACAACAACAGACUGCAGCACGAGGUGACUUUACUCCAGCAGCAGUUAGCAGAGAGCAGACAGCUGCUACACUCCCUACAGAGUGAACUACAGCUGUACGACCGCGUGUGUGGCGUGAGAAAGAGCGCCGCUGCAGGGUUGGUGUGUGAGGUGCGCUGCCCGGCGGUGGAGCUGCGGGAGCUGCUGGUGGAGGUCCGGGCUCUAAGGGCCCAGCUGGAGUGCAGUGUUCAGGAGAACAGUGAUCUACGAGCUCAGCUGCAGAAACACCUGGAUCAGUCCAUCGAUCAGCGCCCGUCGCCCAUCAUUCCGGCCAGUCCGCUGCGGGACGCGCUUUACCGCCGACAGCUUCUGCACGACCCGUCUCCUUCUCCUCCUGUCAGAGACGUGGGGCCCCUGUACUCGCCGUACUCAGAGAUGGAGGAGAGCGCUGUGAACACUAACGACUCACUGGAGCCUCAUGCGGAUCUGGAAGGAGAAGCUCCGGACGGCUCGUUCGCGAAUCGUAACGGGCGGCACGCCAUCGGUCACGUGGACGACUACAGCGCCCUGCAGCAGCAGGUGAUGGAGGGCCGGGCGCUGGUGCAGCGGAUGGAGGCGGCGCUGCGGUCGAGUCUCAGCUCUGCCCUGCUGGAGAUCAGCGGAGGGAAGGCUCUGGACUACAGCACAGUGAAGACGCUGCUCUCCGACACCAAGACCUUGUGUCAGAUUCUGGACGAAGCCGUCUCUCUGCUCAAGAUGUUCUGGCGGGCGGCGCUUCCGAGCAGCGACGGUCCCGCUCAUCUCAUUCAGAGGGAGCAGUCGAUGCGUGAGGAGAUCCAGUUGCUGCGUUUGCGGAUCGCUGAACAGGAGGAGGUUCUGCAGGGAACAAUCCAGCAUUUGCGCUGCACCAGUCGAACCAAAGAAAGCAUGGAGACCUUCAUCAUCAACCAGCUUUCCCGGACGCGAGAUGUGCUGAAGAAAGCACGAGCGAAUCUAGAGAAGAAUGAGCUCAGGAUGUCCUCUCUAAGCUCCUCCUCUUCCUCUCUUUGCCAUGGUAAAGUCUUCACAGGUGCGUCCGCAGGUUCUUCUGCUUGGGGUCGCAUGACCCCUGCGUCCUCUGCGAUCGCCGUGGAAACAACCGGUCUGCAGCAACCUGCCAAGAAGCGUGUCAGGGAGGGACUUCAGCUUUCUGCCCCCCGUUAAACCAGCUGACAACCGGUCAACACCUCUAACUCACCCACCUCACCCUCUUUCUUUCUAAAAUCUUUCUAAAGGAAACAUUUUGCCUCUUUCCUUUAACAGUAGGCUGUUAAAAUCCAGAUGCCUAUUGAUUGCCUGUUUGUGAGAAGACAUUUAUCUUUUGCCACGAGAAAGAAAACACAUUCUUUACUUUCUGAGAUAUAAACAGACUGCCACAGAAUUCCCUCGAGUAUCUCAGGGAUUUUUGGCAAAAACACUGGUCAGCAUGCGAGCCAUUCUGAGCGCUGACCUCUGCUGACUCGUGUCAUGAGACGAAAUGGCUACUAAAGCAUGUGAAAUAAGUUCAUGUGCUUUCAUCAAGUGUCAUUGUGCCAUAUAUUGAGCCACUGUUAGUAUUAGUACGAUUGCUGAUAUUGUCAUCAUUAUCCAGUGCUACUGACUGAAAUGGAAUGCUGUGUUUAGUAUUUGCAUGAUGGAGGUCGACAAAAAUAAAGUACACUUGUUCUUUUGUGAGGUGAGGUUCACCAAACAUGCCAAAGUUUGCAUGGUUAAUUUCUCUAAUUUCUGCCUAAACUGUGCUGUUGAUGUCGACUUCUGUAUGUACACUGAUUUCAAGUAACCCAUAUUUACUAGCACUAUUUUAACAACCUUGUAGGAAUGCUGUAGGAGUGCUUUGGGUGUCUUGGCAGUCGCUUAUGACAGAGAUAUACAAACUUAGUUCACAAGCGAAUAUAUAGGUUUGUGAUUUUCUGCAUUUGCAAAAAUGAAUAUAAAAUUCAAGUUGUCAUUGAUUUGUGCAGUUAUUCCUGUGCAGAUAUAAUCAAUGAUAGUGUAGAAGAUUUCUGAACUAGAGAUGGCUAACUUUGGCAGGGAUUGGUGGGACCAGCGCUGCUGAUG